AUGACGUCGAGGGUGGGGAGGUUGCCGACAUGGAAGGAGAGGGAGAACAACAAGAGGAGGGAGAGACGGCGGAGGGCCAUAGCGGCGAAGAUAUUCUCCGGGCUGCGGGCGUACGGCAACUACAAGCUCCCCAAGCACUGCGACAACAACGAAGUCCUCAAGGCCCUCUGCGCUGAGGCAGGCUGGAUCGUUGAGGAGGACGGCACUACCUACCGCAAGGUAUUAUUUAUCUCCCUGCGUUCAUCUCGCCUGAGUCUCAGCUCUUAUCCCAUCUGGAUCUCGCGGGGAUUUUCCCAAUCUUUUUCCUGAUCUGAUCCGCAUCACGUGGACCUCUCGUAGCCUGCGAUCUCGCUUCUCUCUCAGAUCCUUGCCCUCGUUGAUGUUCCUCUAAUCUGACCGUUUCCGGUGCCGUCUGUUCGAUCCGGACAUCGAUCUCCUGCUACCCUUCAGGACGAUCGGCUUCGCGGGCUUUCGUUAUCUGCUCCUGAAUUUUUUUCAUUCUGUUUUUGAAACAUUCAAUAGGCAGUGGUUAUUAAUCCGCAAGGGAAGAUCUUGGAAGAUCCUGGCCCCACCCGUCUCUCCAGGUGCAGAUCUGGAGGCGUUCUUUUGAUCUGGUUUAACAGCCGUCUUCUUCUACCUUGUUGUUGCCAGGGAUGCAAACCAGCGCAGCCCAAUCCGGAAAUGGCCCCCGGCGGCACGCCGGCGAACUUCAGCCCCUGCUCCUCACCCUACCAGCCCAGCCCCCUCUCCUCCUCCUUCCCAAGCCCCGCCCCUUCUUACCACGCCAGCCCAUCGUCCUCCUCCUUCCCAAGCCCCUCCAGGCAGGAAAACUCUGCAAACCCCAACAUAGACCCCUCCCAUCUCCUCCCCUUCCUGCGUAACAUCGCCCUUCCACCCCUCCGAAUCUCAAACAGCGCCCCUGUUACGCCGCCGCUGUCCUCUCCGACGGCCUCCAGGCCACUCAAGCUGAGGAAAUCCGAGUGGGACUGUGCCGCCACCUUCCCCCACCCUCUGUUCGCCGUCUCUGCGCCGGCGAGUCCCACCCGCAAACCCGCCGCCAUACCGGAGUGCGACGAAUCCGACGCCUCCACCGUUGAUUCCGGGAGGUGGGUGAGCUUCCAGAUGGCCGCCCCCCCUUCUCCUACCUUCAACCUGGUCAACCCCAUCUCCCGCCCGCAAGCGGCGGCGGCGCCGGUCACAGCGAACGGCAUGAGCUUGCCGGAGAGGGGCCGAGGAGGGCCGGAGUUCGAGUUCGAGUGCCGGAGGGUGAAGCCGUGGGAAGGGGAGCGGAUCCACGAGGUCGGAGUGGACGACCUAGAGCUCACUCUUGGCGGCGCGAAGCAUCAGGUCCAGUUGAAUUCCGCUUGA